GGCGGCCGGUAGAGUGGACUCCUAAGUGAACACGUAAUACCUCCAUUAACUGGUUUCAGAAGAGGAUUCAAAUUAAUAAAAAAGCCCUCGUCAUCAUCAUUGUCUCAUUGAAAUUUCCAAAAUAUCACCAUGAAUUACCAGAAGUUCUACACAAAUGGGAUCCAUUCAAGCUCUUUACUUUGCCAACUGGCCACCAUGUGGAAGUCCCAGACAUUGUGUGAUGCCAUCAUAAAGACAGGCAGCAUUAACACAAAGGCACACAGACUUGUCUUGGUAGCUGCCUGUCCAAUGUUGCAAUCCAUGGACAAUGCAUCCAUUGGAUCUCACUUAGAAGUUCGUUUGGCUUCUGAAAUCAAACAAGAUUCAGUCAAUAUGUUUCUGCAAUACUUAUAUGAGGGCUUCAUGAUGCUAACUGAAGACAAUCAUAAAGACAUUGAAAAAAUUGCCAGACUGUUGCAGGUCGACAGUGUUAUUAAAUGUUGUGCUGACUUUUGUAAGAGUUUACAUGAGAAAACAGGACUGUCUGUUUAUUCUGCAGGACAGUAUAAAUACUCUUCACAUGAUAUGCUGGAAUUCAAACAUGUUAGGGUAUCAGGUAUUCAAAAAACAGUUCAGGACAGCAUGAUGAAACGUCACUCAGAUUUCCAAAGACCAAAUAGCCCGGGAUCAAAGCGACCUAGAAUGCACAGACCCGGGAGUCCCUCAGAUGGUCAGCGUGGCGAUAAUAUGUAUGGACAUUCUAGUCAUUCCGACUCUGAUAGAGUACCCAGACUCGGCUUAGGGUCAUUUCCAGGUGCUGCUGGACGAAAUCUCCAGCCAGGUGUAGUAGAGGUAAUUGAGGACAGUUUAGAAUUGGUGCAGACAGAGCCUGUCGAAAGAGAUCCUGUUACAGGAAGGCCUAUAGAUUCACGACCACCGGUGCAAAAAACUGUCGCGAUAUCUGUAGCAAGUCAAGUCACAGGUGGUGACCCAGAUCUUCAAAUUGUGAAUGUUUCAGGUGUUAAAGACGGUACAUCAUCUUCAUCAUCAACAUCUCGUGCACAAUUGUCAACAGCUACGCAUACCACAUCUACACCCAUUGCUCGUGACUCGCGAGGGUCAUUUAUGCAUUCCUCAUUUUCAUCACAACAAUCAUCCCAGUCCAUGAGAAGUGACAUUCCUAUGCCAAGUUUAUCACGAGCUUCAUCUGAUAGAACUAUGUCCCAAAUGCCUCGUUCAGACAUACAGAGAUCCAUGCAAAAUCAGUUUUCAUCUGAACCACAGCAGCAACAACAAAAACAAUCCAGUUCACAAUAUCCUUCUAUUCCACAAGCUCUAAUUGACAUGGAUUUUACUGCAGCUAAACAAAAAUCUGAUGUGUUCCCAACAAGUCUACAAAAAGCUACAGAUGCUUUCCCAACAAACUUGCCAAAACCCUCCGAUGUUGUGUUCCCAGGGAUGCAAAUGAGCAGUCAGCAAAACAACACUCAACAGUCGAAACCAUUUGCUGCGGGUAGUGCUGGUCAAGUAAACCAGUCAGUCCCUGUUCACAUCAACACCUCCUCGUCUUCUAGUAGUCCCAUUACAAGUCUACCUCCUGUCUCUCCUGUCAUUCCAGACACCUCAUUCAGUCUAUCGGCCUCUCCAAACAGCAAAUCACAACCAUCAACCUCAAGGUCUGAGAGUGUGGAGAGGCCUGGUUCCGGUGAACGUAUGAAAGAAGAAAGGCCUCCAACAGUUGAUUUAGUAGGCCCGGACAUAAGUAUAGUCAAAAUUGAAUCUACAGACAAAGAUGAGACAGGGGCAUUAGAUAUGUAUGUAGACACUGGUGACGAUGGUGAGGUGCAUCCCCAUGGAAUGGAGGGUGAUGGCGAACAAACGUAUGAAGGUGGCAGUGACUAUGAUGUGGAAGAACCUCCAGGGGAAAUGGAGGGCUCAAAUGAAGGCAGCAACUUAAGUGGAGAUCAAAACGCAUGGUACCUCAAUACAAUGAAAGAGAUGAGUGGCUAUGACAAAGUGUCUAUGACAGCCUUGCCUCACUAUGGAGUCCCGGGCCUUAUGCCUUCAUGGCAGGACCCCAAUGUUAAAUCAGAAAUGAGUAGUGGUAGCGCAGCCCCCAACCCUUCCAAGGGUCUUACUCACAGAAUGGUGUCUAUUGAGGGCAACAAGCUACGAACCUGUGCACUUUGUUCCCUCAAUAAGAUAAAGACACGGUCGGGCUGGGGCGUAUACACUCGGCAUAAGUGCGAGGCGUGCACUGUACCUCUGUGUAAGGGGAAGCGUGACUGUUUCCAAGCAUUCCACAGGGUGUUUGGGUACAAAUAUGAAAUGUCAGGGCUAGCACAACAAACGCAAGAUAUCAACAGCCCUUUUAAAAUGUCCAGAAAGGAAGCAAUUAGGACCAGCUCCAUACCAUCAACACAUAUGACUGAGGACAGGCAGGACGCUAACCUCGUUCAAUUCAAAUCGUCACAAUAUAAUUAUGAAUUGCCUAAAACAGAUCAAUAUACCCAGGAAUCGUCUAGCAGUGUUGCAAUGCAUCAGCCCAGAUCAGAUCAGUUUGGUCAGGACUCUGGUAGCUCUACCAUGUAGCCGUUUAGAUCAGUUUGGCAGGGAAUCUGUCUGUUCCACAUGUACCUUUCUAGAUUAGUUUGGUAGGGACUGGGUCUGUUCCACAUGAACCUUUCUAGAUCAGUUUGGUAGGGACUGGGUCUGUUCCACAUGAACCUUUCUAGAUCAGUUUGGUAGGGACUCGGUCUGUUCCACAUGUACCUUUCUAGAUCAGUUUGGUAGGGACUCGGUCUGUUUCACAUGUACCUUUCUAGAUCAGUUUGGUAGGGACUGGGUCUGUUCCACAUGAACCUUUCUUGAUCAGUUCAUGGUAGGGACUCUGGCAGUUCCAUAUGUACCUUUCUAGAUCAGAUAAUUUUGGCAGUGAUUCUGGAAGUGUGGCGAUGUAGACAUCACAUCAGUUUGGUUGUGACACUAACAGUUGUACUGUGUAGAAUAUCAGAAAAAUGUGAUGUUGCUUGACCAAACAUUUGAUUCUGAUUACGGCUGGUAGCAUUAAUGAUGCUCUCAUCCUAAUUAUUUCUAAGUAGAGGUUUUACUAUCUGUCUUGACAUCAUUACUGAAUGGAAAUGCUAUUUAGGACCUUGUAAAUAUUACGUUUGUUUAUUUACCGUGCCAAUCUUAAAGUCGGACUUCUUACUCUAUAUAAUACAGAUGUUUGUUGUUUACUUUCAGGAGCGCAGUAUAGUAAGGCUAAUCCCAGAUAUCCGUUACACAGCAAUCAGACCCAUUGGUAUGGCAUUCAGAGUCACAUGCAUCAGUAUGGCAUUGUCACUGAAUGUCAAAGUUCACAAUACACUGCUAGUUAUGGUAACAAUCAAACUUCAUUAGAUAAAAGUGUGCAGGGUAAUUUACCCCUGAAACACCAGCUGGUACGGACUAUUUCUGGAAAUACUAGAGUAUGCAUCAAUUGUUCAUUCAACAAAAUGAAGACCAAGUCUGGCUUUCCAAUCUACACACGUUAUCGUUGCCAGAAGUGUGAUGUGGCUUUGUGUAAUACAAAAAUGAGGGACUGCUUUGACAAAUACCAUGAAAUGAUUCAGGACACACUUCCCGAUGGGGAUUUAUGAGCCAGCAUCUUGAAACUUUCCACACAAGAUUACAGUGACUGAAGUUUUAGUUUUUCUGAUUAAAUCAAUUUGUGGAUUUUAUACAAGAUAUGGAAAGCAAGGUUGUUCAUGUCAAGUCGGUUUCUGUUGAUAACUGGCAGAAUACUCAGAUUGUUUCACCAUUGGAACAGCUUUCAUAUCACAAAUAAUGACCCAGAAAUGAAUUGAGAUUGGGUUCUAGUCUUGAAAAUGGCUAUUUAAGCCUGUGCUCGCAGCUGUUGCUAAAUGUACUUAAAAAUUCCUGUCAGAGAUAUUUCGACAUAUAUACAACAGACUUUUAUCACUAUAUAUAUUUUGUUUGAUUUAUUCCUUGUUCAAGCAAUAUGUAUAUAAUAAAUUGCUUGAUUGCUAAAAUUAAUCUGACGAUUGUUUUUGUUGCACAGUUCUCCAAACAAGGAAGAGCAGAGAGGUUAUAGGAAACUUGUAUCAAUGUUCCACUAUGGUGAUCAUCCUUUUACAUUUAGAUGUUUUUAUCAGACUUUGGUAUAUAAAUAUGUUUAAAGAAAGGUUUUCACAACAUACUUAACCUAGGUCUUCCUUUACCAUUUCAGGAGAAGCUGUGCAACACUAUGACCCUUUCUCAAAUUUCUAUGCCUUUGACCCAUCUAGGGAUCAAGGUCGUGUGGUUGGAAGCCCAAGC